CGCUUGGAUUCGACAAGAAAAUCACGUGGCCCGCGUAGUGGCAGCGGGAGAUCAAGUUUCUGUUAACCUCGCGAUAUGUGAAGCCACGACCAUAGGUGGGAACAUGCACAAGCAUGCGGCUGCAUCAAAGCAAUGAACGCUGCGUGCCCAGAUACACAUCAGGCCAAAUCGUAGAAAGCGCCCAAAGCAUGACGCCGGCCAAGAGUUUGGACGCUGCUGACUGUGCCGUUUUUGGCGUGCUAACGGCUCUGGGAUACCUGGUCGGCCUCUACUUUUCGUUUGCUCGCCGUCGACGGCAGUUCACGCCAGCUGACCAUGGCAGCAACAGCGCUGCGAUGGAGACGUUCCUCGGUGGGCGCAGCCUCCCCGAAGCCGCCCUGACGGUCUCAGUUCUGGCCUCCGUGGUCAGCGGAGUGGCGGUGGUUGGCUUCAUCGGACACUUCUACGCCUACGGAUUCCACAGCUUCUUGCCACUGUCCGCCACUCCGCUGGCGGUGCUCGUGACGUCGACGGCACUGGUGCCUCUGUUGUACAACAUGCGCGCUGCUUCUGUCUUCCAGUAUCUGCGCCUACGUUUCGACAACAAAGUUGGAAUCACUGCUUGCGUCGUCUACUUCAUCCUCAGUCAAACCGCGGGAGCAGUGGGAAUCUACAGUGCUGCUGUUGGAGUUUCCACAAUGCUUUCGCUGCCACUGCUGUACUGCAAUAUUGCCAUCGGUCUGGCUGGAACUAUUUAUACAGCUCUGGGCGGAUUUCGUAGCGUUGUAUGGGCAGACUGUGUUCAAGCAGCGGUGAUGGCUACGACUCCUGUAAUCAUUAUUGCAAAAGUCAUCUAUGACUCAGACAGUGCCAGCCCACCUCUGAGGCCUAUGACUGACUUCAACGCUGCACAACACAUAUUCAGAACAAACUUUGACCCGACAACCGAUGAGAACUUUUGGAGUGGUUUGGCAGCAACGCUGCCUUUCAGCUUCGUGCGCCUUGGGUUCGACCAGAUGUCAGUGCAACGGUUCAUGGCAGCGAGGACCCUGCGACAAGCCAAAAGGAUAGUCAUCACCGGUGCAGUUUUCGUGAUCACCUUUUUUCUCACGUCAGCAUUCGGAGCCUUGGCCAUAAUCUACUGGUACAGAGAUUGUGAUUUAGCCCUAUCCGGUGCCAUCAACAGCUACGACCAGGUUGUUCCAUACUUCUUAAGAGAGCGGCUCUCUAACGUCACGAUGGUGCGGGGCUUAUUCUUGGCUGGUCUGCUAAGUGCUUCCACAAGCACGGUGUCGUCAAUCGUCAACUCUCACGCAGCCACGUUCUACAUCGACAUCGUUUCGCCGUACGUCGACAUGAGCGAGAAAACAGCCGUGAACGUGAUGCGCCUUCUAGCUAUGGCUAGUGGAACCAUAAUGACGCUCUUCGCAAUCGCAGUGCCGUAUGUCGGCUCGGCUACAAGGGUCUUUGUUUCCUUGUACUCCUCCGCUGCGGGUCCAUUUGCUGGCCUCAUUCUUCUGGCGAUCUCAUCGCCGUGGGUCAACGCAAAGGGUGCAGCGUGGGCGUGCCUGCUGGUCUGCGCACUGCAGUUGUGGCACGCCGUGGGCAGAGGACUAUCGGCCAUGCCUGCUCCACCUGUGAUUUCCCGCACGAUGGACCGGUGCCCACUUGUGACCAAUGACACCAAUCCUACGGAAGGGGUGGAAGAAUCCAUGGCUGAAAGCCUCCCUUACGUCUUCCCGCUAUACCGAUUGUCUUUCUACUGGAUGGCCCUGUCUGGUGAGCUACUCACGAUUAUUCUGGGCACAAUCUUCAGCCUUGUCACAGGUGGAGGUAAGGAAACGAAGAACAACUUACAUCUAACCAGUGUGCCUUUUUUGAAUGUCUUGAGACGCUUCAAGUUUUCUCGAGGUAUCGUUCAGUUUCACGAAGCAAGGACACAGGAUGGGGAAAAGCCUUCAGCCGGCCAUUGCGAUGACGAAGAAUGCACGGAUCUCACCAGUUUGUUUUCGAGGAAUGCAGCAAAGAAAAUGCCCAAGACCGAUGCCGUUGAGCAUUCUGAAUGCAUAACACAAGUCGUCUAAGUCAGGCACAGAUACAUAGCUUCAUAUAUAGAUAACUGUAAUUUAGUGCAAG